GCGAAGCUGUAUUUCUAAAAGAUCAAUUUAAUUUUUUAGCAAAUGUCGCUUUACUAUGUUGAUGUAUGAUGUAAUUUUAUAAAUAUAAUAUAAUUUGAUAAAAAUUGGCACACCAAAUUCAUUACAAAGAGUUUGCUAUUAAUGGACAGAAUUUAUAAUAUGUGAAAAGGAACAAUUUGAUAAAUUUUAAGUAUUGGUUUACAUUUUUCAGACUUAUAUUUAUUUACAGGAAAUGGCAGUGAAUAACAAUGGCACUAGUGUAGCCAGUGGCACAUAUGACACAAAAAUAGCGGGAUUAUAUGACUUACUUGACACUCUUGGUUCAGGACAUUUCGCUGUUGUAAAGCUAGCUAGGCAUGUCUUUACUGGAGAAAAAGUUGCAGUGAAAGUGAUUGACAAGAGUAAAUUGGAUGAUGUAUCAAAGUCCCAUUUAUUUCAGGAGGUUCGAUGUAUGAAAUUGGUUCAACAUCCAAACGUCGUACGCCUAUAUGAAGUAAUAGAUACACAAACUAAGCUAUAUUUAAUUUUAGAAUUGGGAGAUGGUGGUGAUUUAUAUGACUAUAUCAUGAGACACGAAUCUGGUCUUUCUGAAUCUCUAGCACGUGAUUAUUUCAGACAAAUAGUUCGUGCAAUCUCGUAUUGCCAUAGAUUACAUGUUGUUCAUCGAGACCUCAAACCUGAAAAUGUAGUUUUUUUCGAAAAAUUAGGACUAGUCAAAUUGACUGACUUUGGUUUUAGCAAUAAAUUUUGUCCAGGUCAGAAAUUAGAGACAUCCUGUGGUUCACUUGCUUAUUCAGCUCCUGAAAUAUUGUUGGGUGACUCUUAUGACGCUCCUGCUGUGGACGUCUGGUCUCUCGGCGUCAUUCUCUACAUGUUAGUAUGUGGACAGGCUCCAUUUCAGGAAGCCAAUGAUAGUGAAACUUUGACAAUGAUAAUGGAUUGUAAAUAUACAAUUCCUUCACAAAUUUCAAAUUCAUGCAAAAGACUCAUUGGAAGAAUGUUAGUGAGAGAACCAGAGAAACGGGCGUGCCUAUCCGAAAUCGCCACAGAUCCUUGGGUCACUGCAGGUGAAGGUGUCACCAUAGAAGACUUCGAUACGCCGCUCGUUGCCAAAGAACAAUUAACUGAUGAGGACCGUUCAGCUAUAAUUCAAAGAAUGGUUAGUGGCUCGAUAGCCACCAAAGAAGAAAUAUUGGAAGCUCUGGAUAAAAACGAGUACAAUCAUAUAACGGCAACUUAUUUUUUACUCGCCGAAAGAAAGCUGAAAUCAAAUAGGUCGGAAGCUUUGCGUAGACAAGAGGGUCCGCGUCGUCCCGAGGCUCUGAGCGUGCAGCGCGCCGCCCCGCAGUCCCUGCUCGCGCCCCCCGCGCGCGCCCUCGCACCGCGCACGCCACGGACGCCGCAGGACGUCCCACCGAGGUCUAGAAAAUGCAGUAUAGUAAGAGAAGAAGAUGAUGACGAGGAGAGCGCGGUCCCGGGCGGUUGCGGUGCGCGGGACGGAGACACGCGACGCGGCUCUCGCUCCGAGGGACGUCUGCAUCUCGCAGCCAGGCUCGUGCCGUCCGCGCAGCCCUCCCACCGCCCCGCCCUCUUAGCGGAUAACCUCACAAAGGUGAAUUUGGAUGAUGAAGGUGGCGGGAUCGCAACGCCGGCACCGAGAGUGCCGCCGCCGGCUCCACCUCCCGCUCGCCGGAACCGAAUAGAGUGUCGCCGCCGAAGACCUCGCGCCGGCUCUUGCUCCUCGUCGGACUUAUCCGAUGACGACUCCGAGAAAAAGAAGCGGGCUGCCGAACGAGCCGACGUCGCACUUGAUGGUGCUCGCCGAGAUUCUCAUGACGACUCCAGCGACAGUCAGGAGCGAGGGGCCGGGGCCGGUGCCGGGGCGGUCGGCGGCUCCGAGGCGGGAGCGCAGGCCGCCGGCGACGGCACGUCAGCCGCGGGGGGGCGGGGCGCGAGGGGCGGGGACGCGGGCGGGGACGGCAGGGCGGGCAGCGGGGCGGGCACGGGCCGGCGCCGCCGCACCUCUAAGCACGAGAGUCGGCUCCGCGAGUCGCGGUCGUUGAACCGCAUCGCGGAGGUGGAGGAGGCGGGCGGCGCGCGGUGGUCUCGCAGCGGGCUGGUGUCGCUGUGCGGGCGCCCGCUGCUCCGACUGCUGGCGGCGGCGCGUCCCUCUCCGUCAGCGCGCCGGUUGCACGGACUGUGUUAGCGACUCCGCUGGUCUAUAAAGUCCCUUUCAGUUUAAACGUAUUUAUUUAUUUCGUCUUUGAACUUGAGCAUCUGUCGAGUCUGUCCGUGAAGCAUGGUCCGACGCCAGCGACCGAACUGACCUGCGUAACGUUUCAGACAUGAAACAGAAACUUGAUUUUUAAUGAAAAAAAAACCACAUGCUACAUUUACUGUCUUUAAAAGGCAAAAAAUACAGUACGGUUUGUACGAUUCAUGAACGUUUGUUCAUUUUGUAUAACGAAUUAUAGAAGUCGGUCGCAGUUUUGCCAUCGAGCUACUCGUUGGUUCGUUCGACUAUAUUUCACAGGUGACGACAGGGUUUUUGGACUUCUACUUUGAUUGAAUAUUAUAAAUACAAUCUUUAUAAAGCUCGUGCUUAUAAAAUCUGCAAUAUUUUUACAUAUAUUCUGAAACACCUGUUAGGUGACAAAUUUUAAUUUUAUUGAACAUUUUCCUAGAAAAAACUACAAUAGGAUUU